GCCCGGUUCACUCCAGUCGAGUCCAAUAUCCUCUCUCACAAACCACCAUGUCCGCACAAGCUGCAGCACCUCCUUCGCCACCUCUUGUGGCUUCGAAGCCCAAGAAGCAGCCCUACCCUUUCUACCUCGGUGGUGUUGCAGCAACAAUUGCUGCUUCCAUCACCCACCCUCUUGACCUUACCAAGGUCCGCCUUCAGGCGUCGGGUGACAAGGGUAUGAUACAAUCCAUAAAGAAGACAGUCCGCACUGCCGGCGUCCGGGGACUCUUCGACGGUAUCUCUGGAACAUGGAUGCGCCAGAUGAGCUACAGCUUGUGUCGCUUUUGGGCAUAUGAUGAGAGCAAGAAGCUCUUGGGGGCAACACCCCAAAGCCCUGCAUGGGUUCUCGCCACAGCAGGUGUCAUGGCUGGCUCCAUCGCGGGUGUCGUGGGUAAUCCUGGCGAGGUCGUUAUGGUCCGUCUGCAGGGAGACUUUGCAAAACCACCCGAAAAGCGGUUUAAUUAUAAGCACUGCUUCGACGCAUUAUUCAGAAUGGUCCGCGAGGAGGGCCCAUCAUCGCUUGUGCGAGGUGUGGGCCCAAAUGUCUUCAGGAGCAUCCUGAUGAACUCCAGUCAACUGGCUUCGUAUGACUUCUUCAAGGCUGAACUCCUGAAGACAAAGUACUUCGAUGACAACAUCGCUUGUCAUUUUACAGCCAGUUGCGCAGCAGGAACAGUUGCCACAACUGUUUGCUCACCCGCAGACGUGCUAAAGAGCCGUAUCAUGAACGCUUCUGGGCCCGGAUCAAGUUCAACGAUUGGAGUGAUCCGCUCCUCUCUAGCAACCGAAGGCCCAAUGUUCAUGUUCAAAGGCUGGCUCCCCGCAUGGUCGCGUCUCCAGCCCACCACAAUCCUCAUUUUCCUAACCCUCGAGCAACUGAAAAACGUCGUCGACUGGAAGCGCGGAUCGUUGUAAAGUUGACUGCGAUCCAUUCCUUUUGAAUGAUCAAAAUAUCUGAACGUGGAUGUGGAUUUGUUGCUUGGAGGGACCAUGUGUGCGAUACCACGCGUAACCUAUCCUGGAGAUAUCAUGGAGUGGAAAUACUGUUAGCUGAUCAUUGAUUCUUCUGCGCUCGCUAGAUUAUAUCGUUGCAUAGCUUUUUUUUUUCCGCUACGCUGUGAUUUUGUAUUCUACUCUAGUUGCUUAACGCGAUUUUGUGGAAUUUGACUUGUCGUUAUUG